AUGGCUCACCAAGCACACUCUUACCACAUAGUAGACCCAAGCCCAUGACCUAUUCUCGGAGCAGCCGCCGCCCUCCUAAUCACCUCAGGACUAAUAAUAUGAUUCCACCACAACUCUCCCUGACUUCUCAUCCUCGGCCUUAUUACUACCGCCCUAGUUAUAUUCCAAUGAUGACGCGACAUCGUACGAGAAAGCACAUUCCAAGGCCACCAUACCCCAACCGUACAAAAGGGACUGCGAUACGGAAUAGCCCUGUUCAUCACAUCAGAAGCCUUCUUCUUCCUAGGAUUCUUCUGAGCUUUCUUCCACUCAAGCCUAGCCCCUACCCCAGAAUUAGGCGGACAAUGACCGCCAGUCGGGAUCAAACCUUUAAACCCCAUAGAUGUACCACUCUUAAACACCGCCAUCCUCCUAGCUUCCGGAGUCACCGUAACAUGAGCCCACCAUAGCAUCACAGAGGCCAAACGAAAACAAGCAAUCCAAGCCCUAUCCCUAACAGUCCUUCUAGGAUUCUACUUCACCGCCCUCCAAGCCAUGGAGUACUAUGAAGCCCCCUUCUCUAUCGCCGACGGGGUCUACGGCUCAACCUUUUUCGUCGCCACUGGAUUCCACGGCUUACAUGUAAUUAUUGGCUCUACCUUCCUCUUUGUAUGCCUUCUACGCCUAAUCAAAUACCACUUUACAUCUAACCACCACUUUGGGUUUGAAGCAGCAGCCUGAUAUUGACACUUCGUAGACGUCGUAUGAUUAUUCCUCUAUAUCUCUAUCUACUGAUGAGGAUCUU